AUGCUCCGCAGAGCAACCCUUAAACUCUUUAAACUCACUCGUGGCCCAAAAAAGGGUAAAGGAGGUUCCAAAGAAGAAGUAAAAAUUGAACUCACCACAGACAUUAUCAACAUUUUCAAAGAUCGCUCUGAUCCUGAAAUCAAGCCUAUAAACUCCAUCCCUUCAAAAUGUUAAUAUGAAGAUUAAACCCCUUACGCCCCCAAACAAAACUGCUGGAAAAGUCCCUAUUUUUUUGGUAAAAUCCCACCCGAAUAAAAAAUUUUUAUGGAAAAAUGUUUGAUAUGUUCUUGAUAAUUAAUUAUUAUAAUGAAAUCUCUAGCUAGUUCUAUUUAAUUUUAAUUAGCUUGCAUUUUAAAACAUAAAUUUUAAAUUAAAUUAAUAUUUAUUUCGAAUUCGGUUUUUUUAAAUUUUGGAAAAAAAAUUUAUUUAAAAAAUAAAAUCCCCAUCCGAAAAAAUCAAAUUUUUUUGUCCGCUGACGGAGGGAGAGUUAAGCAAAAAUUUUUCUUCAAAAUAUUUAAUAUAUAGAUAAACAGUUCGUUGUCCAAACAUAUUUUUCAAAUAUGGAUUUUAAUAUAAAAAAAUCCCUCGAUUAACUAAAAAUUUUAUUUGAUACAAUAGGUAGUAAGCGAAUAUCCUCCAUGGCUUGCGCAGCUUGCUAAGCCUAUUCCUCAUCCCUUACAUGUCGGCAUCAAACUGUAUAGAGGCGAAAAAUACCCUAUGGAGCCAAGAGAAGCCAGAAGACUUACGAAAUGGCAAAGAAAAAUGAAAAUCAAGACCUGAAAUGAAGAAUACAUUCGCCCAAUCGCAAAUGACACCUCUCUCGAGCACAAAUGGGGCGUACAAUUGCCAGGUGGAGAACAAUCUGAUGAAAAUGCUGACGACGCUCUAGCACCUUUCUUUAACUUAUCCUUAGGAUCUGACUGGAAAGCUGAAGUCCAAGAGGAAAUAGAAAGACUCAAGCUAAACAUAGGACAUCUCAAAGAUAAGCAGCUAGGCUAA